AAGCAGCUUUGAGGAGCUGAGGGCACCCGCCCCCAACUCUCUGUCCUCUUUAUUUUUUUGUAAUCCCAGCCAGGGAUAUGAGAGCGGGUUGGGCACCCGUUUUAACUCCCCCAGCCAGAACUGGCGCCAAUUGUGGCAGCCUGGGACUGUGGUGGGGUGGAGAAUGGCAUUUGCAGACCGAUCCUGCACUUGGUGGGGGCUUUUGUCCGGCGACCGAACUGACACUAACAGAAGUGGGCUUUACUCGCAAGUAAGCGUGUGCCUCGGCCCGCAGCCUUUUGGCCCCUCUUCGUGGCGCACGUGGAGUUGGGACUGGGCGCCAGGCGGGAGGGGGAGAAGGGGCGGCCCUCUUUGCCGUGGCGCAUGCCUCCCCCGAUGACAGCAGGUGAGCGAGGCGCGGGGGUGGGUCGGGCUCCUGCCCCCCCUCCCCGUCGGCGGGCCCUGGUAGUGGCAGGCAGGCAGGUUCCGCGGGGAGGAGGCGAAGGAAAGAGGGAGAGGGAGGGCCGGCCACGGGUUGGGUGCGGUCCUGGCGGUCCCCGAUCCCGGAUCUCUUCAAUUUCCCCUCUCUGUCGCUCACUCGUGCGCCGCGAGCAGAGGCAGCGGCAGCGAGAGCAGCAGCUCCGGCGGCGGCGCUGACCGCUAGAGCGCGGCGGCGAUUUAACCGCGGCAGCCAAAACAAACGGGGCCCGCGCUAUUUAUUGGCGGCGGCCGGAGCGGGCCGGCUCAGAGCGGCCCAUCAGCGCACCUGCCCCGCUCGCCGCAUGGACGCUGCCGCUGCUCGCUGCCCGGGGCUGCCCGGCUGCUGCCGCCGCCGCCGCCACCGCCGCUGCUACUGCAGUUCCUCCUGCUGCUGAGCGCCCGCUGGUCGUCGUCGGAGCCAUGAAGGCGGCGCGGCUCCUGCUCCUGCUGAGCGGCUGCGCUCUGCUCUUGCUAGCGCCGCCGGUGCGCGGCUGCGGGCCGGGCCGAGUGGUAGGCAGCCGCCGCCGCCCGCCCAGGAAGCUCAUCCCGCUCGCCUACAAGCAGUUCAGCCCCAAUGUGCCCGAGAAGACGCUGGGCGCCAGCGGCAGGUACGAAGGCAAGAUCGCCCGCAACUCCGAGCGCUUCAAGGAGCUCACGCCCAACUACAACCCGGACAUCAUUUUCAAGGACGAGGAGAACACGGGCGCCGAUCGCCUUAUGACCCAGCGCUGCAAGGAUCGCCUAAACUCUCUGGCCAUCUCGGUAAUGAACCAGUGGCCAGGGAUAAAGCUGCGUGUGACGGAGGGCUGGGAUGAAGAUGGGCACCACUCAGAGGAAUCGCUGCACUAUGAAGGCCGUGCUGUUGACAUCACCACCUCUGACCGUGACCGCAACAAGUAUGGGAUGCUGGCACGUUUAGCUGUUGAGGCUGGCUUCGACUGGGUCUACUAUGAAUCUAAGGCUCACAUUCACUGCUCUGUCAAAUCUGAGCAUUCAGCAGCGGCAAAGACAGGAGGCUGUUUCCCAGCCCAGGCACUGGCAACUCUAGAAAGCGGGACCAAGAUUCCAGUGUGGGCACUGAGGCCUGGGCAGCGGGUCCAAGCCAUGGAUGAGCAAGGCCGUCCCAUAUACAGUGAAUUCCUGGCAUUUCUGGACAAGGCAUCAUCGGCACGGACUGCUUUCCACGUCAUUGAGACGCGGGAUCCACCCCGCCGCCUUGCCCUCACUGCAGCACACCUCCUUUUUGUGGGGGAGAAUGCCACUGCACCCAUGAAGGCUAUUUUUGCCAGCCUGGUACACCCAGGCCAAUAUGUGCUGGUGACAGAUGGGAGUGAGCUAAGACCAGCCAGGGUAGCAGCAGCCUCAGUGCAGAUGGAUAUUGGGGCCUAUGCCCCCCUCACUCGCCAUGGGACGGUGGUGGUGGAUGGAGUGGUAGCAUCUUGUUUUGCUUUGGUGCAGGAGCAGCACCUGGCCCAGCUGGCUUUUUGGCCCCUUCGACUCUUUCGCAGCCUGGCAGGGGGUGAGCAGACUCAACCAGAAGGCGUUCAUUGGUACCCUGCACUUCUCUAUCGCCUAGGCCGAAUGCUCCUGGCUUCGAACAGCUUCCACCCAUUGGCCACAGCACAGUUUGAGAGAUGAGACGACGUCAUCAGGUGCCCCUUAAAGAGGGAGAAACCAGGUGUCACCUCCUGUGGUUAUAGGGAGGGACUGCAUGGUAGCCAGAAUCCUGAAUGUGGGGGAAAGGUGAGGCCACUGGUUCCCUAUACCCUUUCCCAGGCAUAAGGGCCAAAGAGAGGUUUUGACCUCUAUCUCUGAGUUGCCCCCUUUUUGGCAGGUUACAGAAGGGGAUGCCCGAUGACAGGGUUGUAUGCUGCUAUUUUAGUUCAGGAGCCUCUGAUAGAGGGGGAGUUAACCAGGUGGAUGCGGGUAGUGAGUGGAGGCCUGGAAGCCUGGGGUGAAUGAAUGAGGGGAAGGAAAUCCUGCAUCUCAAUAUGCAGACUGGGGAAGUAGGAGGGGGUGGGCUGCUACAAGAAGGUAUCUAGGAGGGCUGAGUAUGGGGGGCCUGCAGGACACUUUCUCUCGGCAGACAUCCAUGUGGUGCUCCUCCUAGCACUGUGGCAGGCAAAGUAGCUGUAAGGAAGAUGUAUGGGACUCUUCCGUUGCUCUUUCCAGCUGCCAGUCAACUGGGCUUGUGAGCAGUGAGUGGGACAAGAGGUAGUGCACCAGCCCUGAAAUGGAGAGGUGGGCACCAGUUAUGAUGAGGGAAGAGACAGUAGAAAGUGAAGGUUGUUUAUAAAAUCACACCGUCUUCUCUGGAUCAGGUGAAUUUAAGCCUGAAAUACUUAUAAUGCCUCAUUUCAUUCUCAGAUUCAGUAAAGAAUCACUCCACCUAUAAUCAGUAGUGGACACUGGCAGCUUGCACCUGACCUCCAGUUGGUUGCAUUGCGGCUACUUCCCAGGAGGUAGCUCAGGGGCAAGGCAGUGGUGAGGUUGAGCCAGACAAAUUUGUGUUUCUCCCAGUGCAUUUGCAUCAGUGUUGUCACUUCACCCCUUUACCUCACAGUAACCAGUAGAUCCGACUGAUGGGAGGUCAGGUGAACACCGCCACCCCACCAUGCCAUCUGCUACUACCAAUAACCAUGCACUGAAAGAACAGGGGUUUGUAUAGGGGAGAGAAAUGUGCCUUAUCAAUGUGCUUUAAGUAUGGAAUGCUCAUCAAAAGGAGGCUAAAACAGUUUAACUAAGGAUGUUAACCCAUGUUAAGUAAUCUUGAAAGGAAAUCACCUAAAGGGUAGGUUGGACAUUUACACAAUCCCCCCACCCCCGAGGGAAUGCAUCAUCAAAACCAUUGAUUUGCAUAUACUAAUUUAUAUGUAGUUGCAAAUUUAGAAAUAAUGACUUGUUAUUUAAAUAGAAACACACAUCUCUUCAUAGCAGGGAAGACUCAAGCCUCCCCACUCCCCUACUGCUCUCCUUUCUUAGGAUUCUUUCUUUUUAAUCCAGAUUCACAGUAGGCAGCCCUUGAAAUAAAGGACUGUCCUUUGCCACCCCUCCAAACAGAAUGUUGUCCUCUGCAAAGUAGGACAUAUUGACUGUCCUGCUGGAGAGCAGGACUUGGAAUACCUAGUUUCUGUUAGAGCAAACUGGGACAUGGGGAGGAGAAAUGGAGGGGCAGGAGAGAUGGAUUCCUUUUGUAAAACCAUCCUUUGCUUCCUCAAAGUACUGGAGAAGGAUAUAUAUUAUUGGGUUGUAAUUACUGAGUAGAUAAUCUUCCUCCAUUAUCACAGCACUCUAACAGGACAGUCCCCAUUCUAUUAACCCGGCAGAGGUUCUGAUGCCUGUGCUUAUGUGAGGGAAGAAAUGCACUGUUUACUACAUGCUCAAUUUUAGCUGUUCUGUCCUGGAUAUUCUCAGAAAUAACAUGGUAUCUCAGGAUGGUGGAACUACUUGUUCCUAUGAGACCACACUUAUGCAGCAUCGUGGGGGUAACAUUUGCGGGAGAGAAUCAGUUUGAUUGUUUGUUUUUUGGCGGGGCGUUGUGUAACAAUUUCCCAACCAACCAAUUCUCUGAUGCAAUCCCUUCCCUGGCCUUUUUAAAAAAAGCUCAGCCACAUUUCAAGAAAGGAAAGAAACCCAGAUUAUUAUUUUUUUGGGGGGGGGAUGACGACGACAGAGAUUACCUGGGAGAGCACUGUAGGUAGGGGGAGUGUUAAACACUCCCAUCUACUGAUUCAUCCUUGUACACAUGCAUGCACACAACAAUCAGAUUCCCUUGGUAAACAUGGGUUUGGGAAGAUGCAUUUGCCAAGGAGAUGCACAGGUCCAUUCUUGGAGCCUCUUCAUGUGUCAGAAAUUUUGUUCCAAGGAAAUAAAUUUUGUGUAGGAAAAAUACAUAUCAUGCACACAACAGUGUCUGAUGAGCACUCACACUAGUUUUCCGCAUGUGCACAUGUGUUGGAAAAUGUGGCUUUGUGCUGUGUGUACAUGCAGAACAGUAGAUCCUCAUGCUCACCCCAGGUGGCAGUGUACACAAGGCUUACAAAUAGCUGCUUGUGCAAUUGUGUGUAAUAACAACUUUCAGGUGAUUUGGCAGUUAAGUCUUCUAAUGAAAAGAGUUCAUUUAUUCUCUCCCCCGCCCCCCGCCCCCUUCUCCCUGGGACCAUCCAUGUGCCAAAGAUGACUAAUAGAUUUUUUUUGUGGGCAAAUUGGUUAUAUUUUUCUCAGGCUAUUAAUUUUUGAAAAUUUAGUUGUAAAGCUGUUGUAUACAAUCUUUUCCGGCAAGUAAGUAAUAUCCAUUCUGAAAAUAGUCACAUGUGAAGCAGCCCUUAGAUGGGUUCCAGAUGCCCUAAUUUCAUUCAUCUCCUUAAAGAAAUCCCGUAGCACUUUGUGCACUAGUCAGAACCAGAAUCUGCUCCUUCCCCACGCUCUUACUUCUUCCUUGUCUGGUACCAGUUAAGUCAUCAAGACAACAAGGAAUAAGCAUGUCCCUUGCUAGCAGCGUAGCUCAGAAGGCCCCCACAGUCCCAAUAUUGUGACUGGGGUGGUAGCAUCUGGGAAGGCAUCAUCUCCUACCCCAUGACAUUUAUUUAUUUGCUUGCAUUUGCAGGGUGCUCAAAAAGAUUUCCCUGGUGAGGAAACACUUUUGCUGAAUGACACCAAAUGGGGUGGGAUGGGACAUUUUUUUUCUAAGGAUAAAAGUAUUUAAGAAUUCUUUCAGAAGUGAUACUUUAAUGGGACCAUUGGGAAUUGCAAAGCUUUUUGUCUCUUCACUGGAUGUAGAUUUCCUAAACAGGCAAGAAGUCUAAUAAAUCUCUUGACCCACA